GCUAAUGCCAUAGUGAAGCAGAAUACUCUCUCUGAAACUAAUCAUGGACUGAAAAAUCCCUUGAAAACCCAGCUCAAACCCGACCAGACAACAAUGAAUCUAUCGUCGUGGUUUCGCCGCAGUGUUUCAGGGAACAGUAAAAACUGCAAAAACUCAGAUCAACCGCAACCCACCGAACAAGAAGAAACGGAUGAAUUCCUUGGAGUUACCCAACAAUUAAUCGAUUAUGUCAAGUCUUUCACUUUAGAUACCUUCAAGAAUUUCCCUAUCCAAGAUAGUGGUUCCAUUGAAACCCAAACUUCUUCUAAUGUCCGUAUGGAUCUUUCUGAUUGGCAACAGCGGCAUGCUGUCUUAGUACUUUCAAAAGUAAAGGAACUCUCACAGAUUAGAUUCAAGCUAUGCCCUCGCCAUUUGAAGGAGGAAAAGUUUUGGAGGAUAUAUUUCAUGCUUGUCAAAAUCCAUGUGUCUGAAUAUGAGCUGCAUGCCAUACAACGUACUAAACUGAAAAGCCUUGCUAUGACGAAUGAGAAAACAUCAGAUACGGGUGCAUAUGAAGUUGAAAUGGCAGAAAGAAACCAAGCGGCUAGUCUUACACCACUGACUCCAUGAUCCAGAUUUACCAUCCUGCAGGGUAACGAGCAUUUAUAAGUCUAUUUAGCAACA